AUGCCCCUCGAUACUUCACAGCUCCCCGCCAUCUUCGAGGAGAUCAAGAAGGAAUUUCCCAGCUCUGUCAGCGAACAUGGCUGGUACACGAUGACCCUCUCGUCCCUGAUCACAGUCUCUAACCCCGCGAACAUUACCCACUUAUACAAUUUUCUCAUCUCCCAACCCGAAUGGUCCACACACGAGCAGCGUCGCGUCCUCAGCCGCCGCCUACGCGAACAAUUAAUGAAGCAAUGGGUUGUCAUUGGAAUUCCCCGAGUCAUCACCGCCGUCUUGUCUCUCGCAGCAGCCGAGGCCCCCCGAGGACGCCGACCCCUCAUUCACCAAGGAGUCACUGUAUCUCCCGAGAUCAACGCUCGAGGCAGAGAACUCUGCUACGCCCUCUACGGCGAAGAGCAAUACAACAGAAUCAUGGCAGCAUGCGGGAGCAUGAGCGCAGAUUUCACUUGGGCCUCCGACAACAUCAUCUACGGAAUGUUCCUCUCCGACGAGAGUGUGAUCAAUCGCCCCGAGACCUCGAUCAUGUCGUACUCGUGCAUGGCAUGCAUGGGUCUCGAGGGUACCUCGCGGCGCCAUUUAGCGGGGCUUCGAAACCACGGCGCGAACGACGAUGAGCUGAACGCGGUGACUACCUGCGUCAAGAAGAUUGCUACGUGGGCCGGAAUCGACAGCAGUGCUUGGAUUACUGCGAAAGAUCUGAAAUAA